AUGCCCAAAAACAAACGUCCAAUGACUGCUGAAGAAAUACGACAAAAGAAACGAGAAUGCGAACGAAAACGAAGAGCUCGUAUUAAGGCCGACCCUGUUUUAUAUGCAGCUAGCAAGAAAAAAGACAAUGAGCGUUAUGCUCAAAAACGGUGUAAGAAACAGGUUAAGACAGUUAAUGAAAUGACGCCAAGAGAACGGCGAAUUCAACAACGUGCAUGGCGAGAACGCAAAGCUAGGAGUAGGUCCAAUAAGAAGCGCGAAGAACAACUCUUGCAGAAAUUGAAAGAGAAUACACCAGAAACUAGUGCUGAUGAAGAAAACAGAGCUAGUCCUACACAUAAAGUAUUCGAACUCGCUCUGUCUUCUCCGACGUCUUCGUUUUCCAGCGGUCUUCAGAAGCAGGAGAAGCAGAAACAGAAGCAGCAGCAGAAACAGAAACAGCCGAAACAGCAGUUGCAAAAGCAGCAAAAGAACCAGCAGAAGCGGAAGAAGAAGCAGCAGAACUUCUAUUUUCUAUAG